AUGGCUAAAGGGGAAGACAAAUACCUUAACAAUUUACUGUCAAUGGCAAUAGGAUUCUCAUGUAUUCUCGGUGAUAAAUGUGUUGUGUAUAAAGAAGGUGAAACCAUACCAAGUCUUCCUAAUGGUGCUAGAUAUGGCAGAACGUGUCAUAAUAUUUUUAGAGACAGAAAUAAUUACUGUGUUGAAUGGGAUUGCCCUAAAACAGACUGUUCUGAUCCAAUUGUGCCAGAAACUGGUUGUCCUUUUUGUGGAGGUACAUGUGUCAAUGGAGGAAGAGUUUUCAGAGAAGACGAACAUUUCACAUGCGAUGAUGGAUGUAAUGGAUGUACCUGCCACUCUACCACACUUAUGAUGUGCUAUAUGCAAGAACCUCCAGAAGUGUGCAAAGGCUAUGAGGAAGAAAAACGAAACACUUUGAGAAAAAUACUCGAAGAAUAAAUAUCUCAUUAAUCCUGUUA